AUGACAUCACAUAUUAUACCUUGUCCGCCGACAGGAAAUGGUCAUCGAAUAGUAUUAGCUGGUACAGAUUUGAUAUUUGAAAGUAUUGAUAACAUUUUUGUUUAUCCAUUACUCGAUAUUGAUCGAUUAAAACAAGCUAUUAGUCGUGCAUUAUCUAUUUGGCCAAUCUUAGCUGGUAGAGUGUUAAUCAAUGAAGAUCAAUAUCUUAUUGAAUUUUCUGAUCAACCAAUUCCAUUUACUUAUAUCGAGAACGAUCAACUUGAAUAUUGGCCUAAUCUACCUGUUGUUGUUGAUGAUAUGACAAUAUGUAAACCUUUUAUUGAUGUUGUACAAUACAAGCCAAUGGAUGAAUCUCUUCUUCGUAUUAAAGUUACUCGAUUACUUCGUAGUAAUGAAUAUGUACUCGGAACGAGUUUCUCUCAUUUAGUUGGUGAUGCUGCUUCAAAUAUUCAUUUUCUCAAUGAUCUUAGUCGAUUCUAUCAAGGUUUAGAACCUAUUCUACCUCGUCCUAUCUUUGAUAGAUAUUUGUGGACUAAAGAUGAUGCUGAUGUUUCUCUCUUGUCCAAUUUAAAACCAUAUCAAAAUGCUGACAAACGUGAGAUAAUUGCAACUAAUUUUGUUCGAGAUCAAACAACUACUGAUCAACUUAAUAUAUCAUUUUCUUCGAUACAACUUGCAAAAUUACAUAGUCUUGCUGAUGGUAAAGAUGAAGUAACAGUUCAUGAUGUGCUUAAUGCCUAUAUGAUUGUUACUAUGAAUAAAAAUUCAAUUGAAAUAUCAAAUGAAUACUUUCAACGUGCUUAUAUUCUUGUUAAUUAUCGAAAUUUAUUACAUUCAAUAGCUCUAACUGGUCAUGUAGCUAAUUCAUUUGUAAUUAUGCUAACUUCAGAUUUUCCAAAUCCAUUUUCUUUAAUUUCUAUUGCUAAAACAAUAAGACAAACAAUUAAUAAAUGUCGUAAUGAAGAUUUUCUUAUGAAAUGGAUACCAACAGCUGAUCUAAUGAUGAAACAAAUUAUUAAAGAUGAUAAAUUAAUUUGUGUAUGGGAUACAAAUGAAGUAGUAAUUAAUUCUAAUUUUAAAUAUGAUUGGUCAAAUCAAGUUGAUUUUGGUAUGAUAAAUCAAUGUCGAUUUCAUACAAUAACAUCUUUAAAAUCUUAUUUUCGUAUUUUUCAUUUAAAUCCUAUAAAAGAUCAAGAAGAUCAUUGGAUAAAAGAUAAUGAUGGUGCUGAAGUAUCUUUUCGUAUUCAAAAAGGUGAAAUGAAAAAUAAAUUUUUAGAAACAUAUCAACAAGAUAUCGAAACAAAUUUUAUCAAUGUCGAAUAA